UCAGUCAGUACAAAGUUAUGAUGUCUUUCCUGUAUUUCAGACAGAAGAGUCUCCGGCUCCUUUCUAAGAAGCUCACUUUGGAACUGUAGACCACAGAUUCACAAAAGGAUGGCAGCACCAACAAAUGCAAAAAUACCUUUAAGCUCGAUCAGUCCACAGUUCCUGCACACAAACUCCACUAGCCACACCUGGCCCUUCAGUGCUAUAGCAGAACUAAUUGACAAUGCUUAUGACCCAGAUGCCAAUGCGAAACAAUUGUGGAUAAAUAAAACAGCAGUUAAAGACCAAGAGGACUGCCUCAUCUUUAUGGAUAAUGGAAAAGGCAUGGACUAUGACAAAAUGCACAAAAUGCUCAGUUUUGGCUUCAGUAAUAAGGAGGCGAUAAGAGGCCAUGUUCCAGUUGGUCUUUAUGGUAAUGGUUUUAAGUCAGGCUCCAUGCGCUUGGGGAAAGAUGCCAUCGUGUUCUCAAAGAAAGCCAACACCAUGUGUGUGGGUCUCCUGUCACAGACUUACCUCGAGUUGACAGGAGCACAGACUGUCAUAGUGCCUAUUGUGAUGUUCACCAAAACUGGCCAGACUGUCAGUGUUCAUCCAGAGCAUGCAGACUGUCUUCAUCAUAUCCUGAAAUAUUCACUGUUUAGCACAAAGGAAGAACUGUUCUCUGAGUUCAGUGUUAUUGAGGGGUUAAGCACCAACUCAAGUGGAACGCGUAUCAUCAUCUGGAACCUACGCAGAACAGUUUUAGGAGAAUUAGAAUUUGAUUUCAUGAAGGACCCCAACGACAUCCGGAUUCCUGUUCAUGUGUACGAGAGCACCAGGGAAACAAAAAAACACCAAAAUGAGGGAGGCAUGUCAGUUCCUGAGAGUGAAUAUUCACUGCGGGCAUACUGCAGUAUCCUGUACCUGAAGCCAAGAAUGCAAAUUAUUAUCCAAGGUCAGAAGGUGGAAACUCAGUUUGUCACUAAAAGUCUAGCCAAAGUCUUCAUGGACACAUACAAACCUACAGGUUACAAUCAGAAAAUAACGAUCACCUUUGGCUACAAUACAAAGACCAAGGAGCACUAUGGCAUCAUGAUGUACAACAAAAACCGACUCAUCAAAGCCUAUGAGCGUGUCGCUUGUCAGCGCAAGGCUAACAGCACAGGAGUGGGAGUUAUUGGGGUCCUAGAGUGUAACCACCUUAAACCAACUCACAACAAGCAGGACUUUGACAAUACAGAUGAGUACAAGAAAACCAUGCUAAAUGUAGGUUAUAAGCUUGAGGACUAUUGUAAGGAAGUCUGUUAUAGACAUCAGAAAAACCUGAACUUCACAGAACCUAUUGAAGACAUUGCGAAGCAGCCAGAUCAAACCUGGGUUCAGUGUGAUGAUUGUUUGAAGUGGCGAAAACUUCCAGAUGGUGUUGAUGCUAAAAAACUCCCUAAAAAGUGGUUCUGCCGCAUGAACCCAGACCAACAAUUCAGGAGUUGUACAGUUGAAGAGGAGCCUGAGAAUGCCGAUGAUGAAAUACCCAAAUAUGAGAAAACCUACAAAGAGUAUGAGAGAAAUCAGUGGCAGGAAGAGAAGAACAGGCAGCAGAGAUCUUUUAAACCCAGGUCAGCCAGCAAAACAACACACAGCCCCACCCUAACUUACUCUUCUCUUACAUGUGCAGGCUCCAGACCUUCAGUUCAUAUUCAGGACACUCCUCUCCCUAUUACUCCUACAAGGAUGAAGAGAGCCCUAAGCCAGACUCAAGAGUACAUGGACAAGAAAAAAGCUAGAGGAAAUGGUUCUGUGAACAGUAUACUAGAUUGUCUGUCAACAUCCACACCCUCACCUGGCACUGUUUGUUCACCUGCCAUGUGCAGCUCUGGUAAUGAUACUAAUAAAGUAGAAAGGGAAGCCACUGAAAUAGCACCAAUGGACAAUAGUGAUGAUGUGAAUUACAAGAGCGCAGUGCACAAGGAACAAAUCAAUUACAUAACACAGACCAUCUCUGAGGAACCAUUGAAUUACAAAGUGCUGUAUAUGCAGGCCAGGGAGGAAAUAAAGCAGCUCCAACAUAAGCUCAUGGAGCAAGAAAAGGCAGAAAAGGAGCUAAGGGGAAAGGCGGACAUUCUAGAAGCUGAGAAGCGCACUCUGACAACCUACUGUGAGAGCCUGCAGAAUGAUUUAGAGGACAUAAAAAGAGAAAGUGAAAAGGUGAAGUUAAGUGUAGAAGACCAAAGUGUCCAGACAGACUUUCCUAUUAUAUCAAAAGAAGAAAGUGCAACAACAUCAACAGAAGCCUCCAACCCAAGAACAGAAAAAGAUUUACAGUUUGGGACACAGCAGAAUGAGAAUCAGGACAGAAUGGGGGACGGACAAGAAAACAAUAACACACAGUUAUGCAGCCACAGACUAAGACAACUCAGACAAAGUGUGGCAGGUCUCCUGGCCACCUUAGUCUCUGAUCUGGACCUUCAGCAAGUAGACUAUGAUUCUGAAGACAUUGAUGAGAUUCUCACUGAACUUAUAAAUCAGAUCUCCACUACAGAGGCAGCCUCUACAUAGAAACAGUGGUGACCAGAAGGGUUCAAACUUUUAUGAAUCAUUUGGUUGGAUAAUGGAAAAAGACCUACAAGCAAGUCCUUGAUAUCCCUGUUUCCUCCUUGUUUCCUUUAUGUUUGCCACAUUUUAUAUUAAACAUUUUUAUAUGCUAUCUAUCUAUCUAUCUAUCUAUCUAUCUAUCUAUCUAUCUAUCUAUCUAUCUAUCUAUCUAUCUAUUUCUCUCUCUCUCUCUCUCUCUCUCUCUCUCUCUAUAUAUAUAUAUAUAUAUAUAUAUAUAUAUAUACACAUAGAGAGAUAGAUAUAUAUAUAUAUAUAUAUAUAUAUAUAUAUAUAUAUAUACAUAGAGAGAGAGAAAGAGAUGUGUAUAUAUACACAUCUUCUAAUUCCACGGUCUUUCCUAAUGUUUAUUUCUUUCUACAUUGUAAAACAAUGCUGAAGGCGGCCGAAAUACACAGUAAUCUCGUUUGAACAGUUGAUAUUGAGAUAUGUCUGCUACUGAUGCUCUGUAAAGCCUUCAUAACGGCUCUAAUCUGAGGUGCUGUUAAUUGGUGAUUUCUGAGGCUGGUAACUCUAAAUGAACUUCUCCUCUGCAGGAGAGGUCAGUUUUGGUCUUGCUUUCCUGGGAUGGUCUUCAUGUGAGCCAGUUUCAUCAUGGUGCUUGAUGGGUUUUGCAAAUGCACUUGACAAUACUGUUCUUGCAAGAAUUAUUCCAGAACACCUGACCUUCAUAUAUAUAUAUAUAUAUAUAUAUAUAUAUAUAUAUGGUGUGUGUGUAUGUAUAUAUUACAAAGCACUUUGUAUAUUUUAUAUAUAAUGUUAAGCUAUGCUUUUAGACAGUGGCAACAUGUUCAGCUCAUGUUUAGGCUUUUAGACUUUCAUUUUUUCUAUUUUACUUUCUCAUUUUUCUCAAUUCAUGUCCAUUUCUAUGUUUAAAUUACUGUUGUUAUCAUUCAGUGCUGUUUACAACAUAUAUAGAUAGCUAUGCAGACAGCUUGCUUGUAUGUUUUUUUUCUUUUUUCUUUUUUUAAUGGAAAGCUUUUUUACCCUGUGUUUCUUGCAAUGGGUGGCAGAAAGCUUUUAUUGUCUCUUGUAGGUUUUCUGACAAAACAAAGCACAAGGGCACAGAUUACAGAUGGAAGAUUUCAUUGUUGAUGAUAAAGGAGUUAAAAUCAAAUCUAGAUUUAAUUUGUCCAACAACUGAUGUUUAUGAAAGACUGAUGGAAAGUCAUAUGAAAGAUUUGGAAAGUCAGUUGGUAUAUUCACAACAUCUACAUCUUUAAAUAUUUAAAUAAGAAGUCAGGGUAUUACUUCAUAUAAUGAGUUUUUCUGCAGGUCUCUGCAGGCCAAAUGUAGUGAGACACAUGCAACUGUGGAUGUCGCUUGCUUCUUUUCAACUUUUCAACUUCUGAUCAUCGUUGGAAUAUAGUGUGUACAAAGCAUAUUUUGCCAUCUAUUCUAUCUUUUGCUAUUUGUAUUACAAAAAAAUUACACUAUGUGGGCAAAAGUAUGUGGACACCAAGUAUCAGACCCAUAUGUGGUUGUUCCCCUAACUGAUGUCACAAAGUUGAAAGCACUAAAUUGUUAGGAAUGUCUUAGUAUGCUAUAGCAUUACAGUUUCCUUUCAAUGGAACUAAGGAGUUGGGUGCACAAGGAUAGGUUCAUAAAGACGUGUUUUGCAUCUUGCACCACAGACCUCCUCACCCAACAUCAGCGCCUAUUACUCUUGUAACUGAAUGAUCUCAAAUCCUCCCAGCCAUGCUCCAGCUUCUAGUGAUCUAGGUUAAAGUCUUUUCAGAAGAUUGAAGUUAACCACAAAGGAUAAUAAAUCUGGAAUGUGAUGUUCUACAACACAUAUAGGUGUGAUAAACUUUUGGCCAUAUAGUGAAAAUACAAUGAUAUACUGACAUGUUAAGACCCUAAUUUACAAACAUUAAAAAUAAAGAGCAAUAAUGUG